AUGCAUAAGGGCGUAAUUUGUUACCAUGAACUAAUUAGAAACUCUCUUAUUGAGAUAAAGCAAUUUAUAUUUGUCUUCUAUGUAUUACUGCAGGAUUCAGAUAUUACAGCAGCAGAGGAAACUCUCCAAUCUAGGACCCUGCUGGCAUACAUCUGUGAGGAUGUCUUACUAGCUGGCCGGACCGUUGAGUCUUUGCAAGGAAGGCAGUAUACGUAUUCGGUUUUGCUGAAUAAAGAAGAGAACAAGGUACAUCACCUGGUCCUUACCGUGUGGAGAGCAGACGAGGUCGCAGAAAAGCCACCACAUCUGGAGACCAUUCAGUCAGGAGAGGUGUACAAGCACUUGAUAGAAAGGUUCACUUCAGCUGAUGACCUGAUCCUUGUGUACGGACCACUAGUUGAUGCUACAGUUGCAGCUUUUAGACUGCAUAGAAAAGCUGUAACAGUGGGAUGUCCUGAAGUUGAGGAGGAAAUUCGAUUGAUGGUGCGGCAAUCUACCCUAAUGGACAGCAGUGAUCCCUACGAAUACAGCGACGAUUGAUUUAUAUUAGGACGCUUGGUCAAAGGGGAUACGAUUUUCUAGUUUGGUACAUGGUCAAAGGAGAUAACAAUUUCUAGUUUGGUCUUUGGUCAAAGGGGAUAAAAAAUUUCCGGUUUUGGUAUAUGGUCAAAGGGGAUAAAAAUUUCCGGUUUUGGCACUUUGUUCAAAGGGGAUAAAAAUUUCCGGUUUUGGUGUAUGGUCAAAGGGGAUAAAAAAUUUCCGGUUUUGGCAUUUGGGUCAAAGGGGAUACAAAUUUCCGGUUUUGGCAUUUGGUCAAAGGGGAUAAAAAUUUCCGGUUUUGGCAUGUGGUCAACGGGGAUAAAAUUUUCGGGUUUUGGCAUGUGGUCAACGGGGAUAAAAUUUUCGGGUUUUGGCAUUUGGUCAAAGGGGAUAAAAAUUUCCGUUUUUUGGCAAUUGGUCAAAGGGGAUAAAAAUUUCCGGUUUUGGUAUAUGGUCAAAGGGGGUAAAAUUUUCAGGAUUCGGCAUUUGGUAAAAGGGGAUAAAAAUUUCUGGUUUUUGGCAAUUGGUCAAAGGGGAUAAAAAUUUCCGGUUUCGGUAUAUGGUCAAAGGGGAUAAAAAUUUCCGGUUUUGGCACUUUGGUCAAAGGGGAUAAAAAUUUCCGGUUUUGGCAAUUGGUCACAAAGGGGAUAAAAUUUUCCGGUUUUGGUAUAUGGUCAAAGGGGAUAAAAAUUUCCGGUUUUGGCACUUUGUUCAAAGGGGAUAAAAAUUUCCGGUUUUGGCAUUUGGUCAAAGGGGAUAAAAAUUUGGCUCACACAAGUGGAGUAAAUUGUAUAUCUAUCAUUCAUAGGUAUUUUAUUAUUUGUACUUAUUUAUUUAUAUCUGUUAAUGUAUGAAAAUGUCCAGAUUUUGACAUUUGGUCAAAAGGGGAUAAAAAUGUCCGGUUUUCAAGACAUGGUAUUGCUAUUGGCUGACUCUAUCAAUUGUAUUUGUAUCGUCAUAUGUUUUUCAUUAUUUGUAUAUAUUUAUAUUUGUAAAUAUUUGAAAAUGUCCAGAUUUGGGCAUUUGGUUAAAAGGGGAUAAAAUUUUCCAGUUUCAUGACAUGGUUUUGCUAUUGCCUUACACAAAUGGAUUGUAUAUGAAUCAUAGACAUGUAUUUCAUUAUUUGUACUUAUGUUUGUAAAUAAUGAAUAUUCAUUUUUGUAAAAGAAAGAUAUUACUUAAUUUGUCUUUGAUUAUAUGAAUAUUUUGUACAGUUAUUAUUUGUUUAUCUUUGUUAGUAAUAAAAUUUUCUCUGCAUA